AGUUACCACGCCUUUCGCUUUUGCUUUUGUCCUCCACUUCCUUCCUCUCACGAGCGGAGGGGGAGAGAGAGAGAGUGCGAGUGGUGCGGAGUUACUCGGGACAAGCAAGCAGUAGUAACGCUAGCGAGCGGUGGGGAGGCGAGUAGAGGAGAGCCAAGAACACGGCGAGGACCCUGCAGCACCUCUCCGGGAUCUCCACUUCCCCCUAUUCGAGGGCACUAUUGUGUUUGGACAGGGUGGAGUUCUUCCCACACCCGAGAAUUGCUUCGCUUGGUGCCCAGAAUUAGCGCGGAAGCAGGUGGAGUGCUCUCCGUGCUGAAAUCUGCUCAUCGGUGCCAGGAAGCAUAGAAUUGCUCGGUAAUUCGCCAACAAGCGACCGAAUCUUUGCAGCUAGUUGUGCACUUGUUAUGCUGAGUUAAAUGGAGGCAGUAGAUAAGAUUGCCGAGCCCAAAAAUCCUUUGGUGCUCACUGCUUGGAAGGUUCAUAACUUGGAGCCGCCGAUACCGAUAAAGGCAUCAUGGAAAGGGAAGAACUCCCAGCAGCAUGAAGAGAAGGAUUUGCCAGCUGAUGGCGAGGAGAGCUUCCAGAGCCUGGAUUCCUCAGAUGAGGGUGACCGGAGCUCCUUCUCUGGGGCUAGUCACCCUCCAGAGCCUAUUGAGAUGGAUAUUAUGAAGACAGUCUAUGUCGCAAUUGAUGAGGAGAAGUCCGAGCCACCGGUGUGUUUAGUGCGAGGACCAUCCAUGAAGGGGCCUUUCAUAGAUGGCCUCUCGAUCCAUGUUACAGGCACAAAGGCAAAUGUGGUGGUAGGUGCAGGCGGUGCUGAAGGUUUGGCUGAAGAGAGGAAGGCGUCUGGUUCUGCAGUGGCAUCAGUGGCCACAGCACGCUCAUCUCAGGCUAUGUCUUUGCCUCAGGACUCGGAGGAGAAAGAGUGCGUCUGGGAUGCUUCACUCCCUCCCAGUGGCAAUGUUAGCCCUCACAGUAGCAUUGACAGCAUGGGUGUGGUCAUUGCAAUGAGCACCUUGAACAGCUGCACAAGCACAUAUAAAAGUGAAGCCGUAGCUAGUGAAGCACUGCUUACUGCGGAGAGAAACUCUGAAAGUGUAAAGGGUGUUCGAGGGGACUUGCUAGAAAGUGCAAAAACUAGCAUGAGUCGAGCAAGUAAUAGCAGUGGUGUUAGCGAUGACAGCAGCUGGAGCAAUAUCAUAGGAGGUGCCAGCAAGCCUCACAAGGGGAAUGAUCCUAGAUGGAAGGCAAUUCAUGCAGUACGAACUCGUGAUGGUGUGCUUGGGAUGAGCCAUUUUAGACUACUAAAGCGUCUGGGUUGUGGUGACAUUGGCAGUGUUUACCUUUCAGAAUUGAGUGGGACUCGGUGCUACUUUGCAAUGAAAGUAAUGGACAAGGCAUCCUUGGCAAGUAGGAAGAAGUUGAAUAGGGCUCAAACUGAAAGGGAGAUUCUACAGCUUCUGGACCACCCAUUCCUUCCAACUCUGUACACACAUUUUGAGACUGACAGGUUCUCUUGUUUGGUCAUGGAAUUCUGUCCGGGUGGUGAUCUGCAUACUCUGCGACAGAAACAACCGGGCAAACAUUUCUCUGAGUAUGCUGCAAGGUUUUAUGCUGCAGAAGUACUUCUAGCUCUGGAGUAUCUACACAUGUUGGGAGUUGUCUACAGGGAUCUGAAACCAGAAAAUGUUCUGGUCCGCGAUGAUGGCCACAUAAUGCUUUCAGAUUUCGACCUCUCCCUAAGAUGUGCAGUCUCACCUACACUCAUCAGAGCAUCGGCUUUUGAUUCUGAUCCCAGAAGAGCGGGUGGUUCUUUCUGUGUGCAGCCUGCUUGCAUAGAACCUACGUCAGCUUGUAUGCAGCCUUCAUGCUUCUUACCCAAAUUCUUCGGUCAGAAGAGUAAGAACAAGACUAGAAAGACAAGGUCUGAACUGGGACAGAGUGCCACCACCCUGCCGGAGCUCGUUGCUGAGCCAACCUCGGCUCGAUCGAUGUCAUUUGUCGGGACUCAUGAGUACUUGGCCCCUGAAAUCAUCAAAGGCGAAGGCCAUGGAAGUGCUGUGGACUGGUGGACCUUCGGCAUCUUCCUGCAUGAGCUGCUAUAUGGCAAAACCCCAUUCAAGGGGUCAGGCAACCGUGCCACGCUGUUUAACGUGGUUGGUCAGCAGCUAAGAUUCCCGGAGUCACCGUCCACAAGCUACUCGAGCAGAGACCUCAUCAGGGGGCUCCUGGUCAAGGAACCACAGCACCGCCUCGGCGUGAAGAGGGGAGCGACAGAGAUAAAGCAGCAUCCCUUCUUCGAGGGCGUAAACUGGGCUCUCAUCAGGUGCAGCACUCCUCCUGACGUCCCAAGGCCCGUCGAGGCCGAGCUGCCUGUGAAGUACGGGGUGGCGGAGGCGAUCGGGGGCAACAGCAAGAGGAUUGCCGGCGCAGAUGUCAAGUCAGGCGGGAAAUACCUGGACUUUGAGUUCUUUUAAAGAGCAGUGCCGAUUGGCAACUAUUGUUUACAUACUGUUGGUGUUUGGUCAGUUUGGUGUGUGUGAUUCGAUCAUUCUAUAUGGUGCAAAAUUAUCGUAUCUGAAUUGACCAGAAUUAGAUAGAUGUGUUUGCCUACUAAAAUCUCUCCA